UUGACGGUGAGCUUCGUGGAGAGUGAGCGAGAGCGAAGAAGGAAAGGAGAGAAAAAAAAAAACUGAGUGUCUGUGUGUUUUUCUGUUCUCUCUCUUCUGAGUGGAGUGUUUGUGGUUGUCACGUUUUUCUUCCCCCCCUCUGUAUCCCGCUUCUCUGAAUCCCAUUCUGUUAUCAUCUGGUUUUGAAGGUUUUAUCUUGGAGGGGCGUUAAUGGUGUAUUAUCAUGGACAGGGUUUUGGUGGGGAGUGGUUUUGGGUGGUUAGCUAGGAGAUGGUAGAAGCCGGAUGUUUCAGAAUCGAGAUCCAGAUUUUCUCUGCUUUUUCUGAGAAGGCGUUUUUUUCCUUCUUUCAUAGGUUCCUUGCUUAAAUCGGGCCGAGGGUUCCUUUUUGUAGAUCCUCUGGUUUGUUUCUCAAUUCUUUGUUUGCAUUUCUAGUUUCGUUUAAUUGGUCUAGGCUGGAAAAGAGGCCUCUGUUUUUGUUGGGUGUUCCUCUUUCUUUGAAUCUAGGAUAGAACAACACCAAAAAAAGAAGAAAAAAAAAAACCUUUCUUUUUUUUUUUGUAAAUUUUAGUCUUCUUUUGGUUUCUUUAACUUAGAACCAGACUAGGUAAUUGGAGUGCUUGUUCUUUGCUUUUGAUAAGAAACAAGCUUACUUCCUCUUCAAAUUUAGUUUCUUGAUCAUUUAUCUUGUACUUUGUUGCCUUAUUUCCAUUUUCUGCACUUCUUUCUUUGCUUGUCAUUGAAGUAUGGCAGCAGUAAUGGAUUCCUAUAACGUUUGGUCCUAUGUUUCUGAAUCCAAAGGAGAUCUGAUGAGGGCACUUGAACCUUUUAUUAAAGGUGCUUUAUCAUCCUCUUCCUCUGGAACUUCGUCGCCUGAGACCUCUUCUCUGCUUCCAUCCUCCUCUUCAUCUUCCUCCCCUCCUCCUCCUCCUCCUCCUUCUUCUCCCCCUUCUUCUUGUUUAAGUUUCUCUUCUCCUUCUCCCUCGUCCUCCCCUUCUUUCUCAGACGACCCUUCCCAAACCCCCUUCUUCUCUUCCACCUCCGAUUCAUUUACUUCUGUAAAUCCUCUUCCGUCUAGAUACCCAGCAGCCUCCACCCCCAUGAUUUGUAAUGGGGUUCUCAUGACAGAGCCCACCUCCUUGGAGCUCACCACCUUCCCUUCCUUGGAGAAUGGAUUCUCUGUUGCUCCUACCCAAACCCUUUCCUUCCAACAACUAAGCCCCUUCCACAUACACCAGAUUCAAACCCAAUACCAGCAACAAUACCAACAGCAACAGUCCCACCAGUUAGCCUGCAUUCAGCUCAUUAAGCAACAGCAGCAGCAGUUUCUCGGCCUCAGGCCGCAAAUGAUGAAACAUGUGGGUUGUGGCGCCGGCGGCGCCAAGGCGGUUGCUCCCUCCACAAAACCCACCAAGCUCUACAGGGGAGUGAGGCAGAGGCACUGGGGGAAGUGGGUGGCCGAGAUCCGUCUGCCGAAGAACAGGACGAGGCUUUGGCUCGGAACCUUCGACACGGCGGAGGACGCGGCCAUGGCUUACGACAGAGCGGCCUACAAGCUCAGGGGCGAGUACGCGAGGCUGAAUUUCCCAAACCUCAUGCACCAGGGGUUCCAUGAGGCCAGCGGCGCGUUAUCCAUGCCCUUCCAGUCCUCUGUAGAUGCCAAGCUUCAGGCCAUCUGCCAGGGCCUUGUUUCGUCUUCCUCCCGAUCUUCCGCUUCGCCGUCCAAACAGGGGACGAUGGCCUUUUCCGCCGAUCCGGUCCCCGCUGCCGGCGAUUCCUCCCAUCCUUACCCGCAGGGUUUGGAGGAUGACGGGGCUAGCGACUCUCCCGCCACGGCGACGAAGGUUGUGAGCUCGUCGUUCUCGGACUCUAGUGACGACUCCAGUGCUUCGCCUGGCCGGUCUUCUCCGACGUCGGAUGCCCAGACGCAGAUGGAUUCCUUGGAGCGCACAUGGACCGAAAUUGAGAACUUGCUGCUGCAGAAGCUCCCUUCUCUGGAUGCGGACGUGAACUGGGAUGAUUUCCUCUCGGAUUGUUCGUGAUCCAUCAGCUUCUCUCUGUUACCUUUUGUUCAGUUUAGAAUCUAGAACCAGCUGUAGUUUUUUUCUUUUCUUCUUUGGAUCAGCAGCUGCUGCAGUGGAUGGUUUUUUAACAAUUGCAGAGCUGCUGUAGAUCCUGUACCUCUGAUUGCUUUUAGUAUCAGAUUAUGGUCGUCGCAGGGUUGAUGUCUACUAAUCUCUGAUCUUGCUCUCAUUAGGGUCAUGAGCUCGAUCAGGAGAGUAGGGAGGGAUGGGUUUCCUUUCCCCUUUGUAUAUCGCCUUGGUUUGCUGGUUUUUUCUUGGCACUCCAGGCGAAGUCUGUUCUGUUUUUCCUCUUGGUCUAUUUGCCGUAGUCGGUGUAAUUAACCUUUCACUUGGUGUCAUCAGUGUAUUUUAUUUCUAGUUCAAUGUAUCAAUCUCGAUCAUCUCA